UUGGAAUUCUCGCCUCCUCACAGAAAACAGUGUGUCGUCCUCUUUCCUUUCUUUUUGACGCCCGCCGGGCCGAGCGCGAUUUUACCGACUUUUCUCGCGACGAGAGGUCCUGCAGCGAACAAGGACGUCCGUCGCGAACGCCGUUCUCUCUUUUUGGAGGCUGCUUUCGUUCUCUGCUUUUCUCUCUCUCUCCGCUUCAGGGAUCAGGUACAUAGACAGCUCGAGCGAGAGAGAGACAAACUUCGCGCGGUGCGCGUCGAGUCUGAGGUCCUCGCGGCCUUCCCCAGCGGCGUUGCUCCUCUGGUUCUGCUGUCUACCGAGAGAGGCGCUUUUUUCUCGGCUGCGCUUCAGCUUCUCGCUCUGCUCGCUUUUUCUAUCCCGUUUUUCUGCGCAGGCAGCUUUGCCAGGUCCUUCUCAUAUCGGUAUGUUUCGCCUCUCAGCCUCGCUGCCCAGAGUCCGGCUUCUUGUUUGCGGGUCGUCCUCUCUCCUCGGCGCCGGAGUUAUUAUUGUUUCUCCUCGACUUUCCGCGUCCUCAUCGCUCUGCCAGUCUGCGCGCCGCGAGAGCCACCGAGAAUGACAGGUCUAGAGACAUAGAGGAGAAGGAACUUCCCUGCAUGUCGCGCUGCAAGCUGCGCACGAAAAGUCCAGCGCAGCUCCAACUGCGGAGACGCAACGGAGGCAAAUCCGGUAGACGAAUCUUCAUGAUGGUGACCUGUGCGUCUUCUUGUUCUCUCUGCCGCGUGGUGCGUUAAAAAAAACAGACAGAGACAAACUUUCCAAGGGCGCGGCCCUCCUCUCUCGUUCUCUUUCCUUCUGCUCCUCUCCUCUCUCUCACUCCUCUCGCGGUCCUGCCGACCUGCACUCUCCCCUGCGCCGGACCUUCUGCGUUUCGCUGCCAUGGCGGCAGCGGCCUCCUCGCGAGUGAGUCGGGAGGCUCACGAACUCUCCCCGCCGCGACGCUCGCUGCUGCGGGAAGUCCUGUCUGAGGCAGAGUUGACCGAGCUCGGCCUCGACGCCUCGGCCGACGACUCGCCGACUGUGCCCCCGAGUCUGUCCAGGAAACGCUUCCACGCACUGUUCCUUCUCUCCGGCCUCUGGAUCCUCAUCUACUGGAGCUCUCUCCUCGCGCUUCUGCUGUACAUACACCCCGAGACCCGCACCGUGCCGCCCGACCUCCCCCAACUCCCUGGGGUGUACGUACACCCGAGGGGCGCCGGCGGAGGCGGCGGGCAGGCAGAGGGGGUUGGCGCGGAGACAGCAGAGAAUGCAGGGGAGGAGACGCCGCGCGUGGAGGCGAGACGCGGAUUUUAUCAGCAGGAGAGGAACGCAGACAGACGCGCGGCAUCUCCACGAGGAAGCAGUUCCGUUGGCGGCGACCAGUCUGGUACCCUUCGUUCAAACGAACAGUCUCCUUCUUCCUCUCCUUCUUCUCUCUCUCCUUCUUCUUUCCUUCCUCUGGAGACAGUCCGCGGAUACACAACGGCGGCUGCAUUACACAGCGUGAGCGCGUCGGAAUCGGAAUCUCUGCCUGAGACGUUUCCGCGAGUUGACGAGUUCUCUUUCGCGUCUUGGAUAUUCCUCGUCCUUCUGUCCGGUGUCUCUAUGGCGGCUGAACUUUGUGUUCUUUCUCUGCUGAGGAGCUUUGCGCCUGCUACGCGUCGCGCGCCUUUGCUGGUCUUUCCUCUCGCGUCCGCAGCCUCGUCCUCUGCCCUCCUCUCCACAAGUCUCACGCUUCUCCUCGACUUCUUUGCUCACAUCUGUCAACUCGGCGAUGUCCUCUUCCUCUUCGCAGUCGCGCCUCCGCUCUUCCCUCUGCCGCUCUUCCUCUGCGCUCUCUACACCGUCUCGGUCACCUCCUUCUUCUUUCUGCUCCUCCAGUUGCGCUCACUUCUCGCGGUCUUCCCGAGGGAUGCCUUUGCUCUCCACGACGGACCUGCCGGCUGUCUGAGCGCCCCUGUCGCCGCAUGCGGUCGGCCGCUGCUGCUCCUCUGGGGGUUGCGGUUCCUCGUCGCUGGAGUCCUCGCCGGUCUCCGAGCCUCUCUCUGCUGGCUGUGGCGCCUCCUCACCUGUCUCGUCGCGUUCGCUCGCGGCCUCUCUCGCCGCGUCGCCGCCGUCUGCCGCGCCCUCCGUCCUGCUCCUCCCGUCCUUGCGCCCCUCGGCGCUCAGAGGCGACUUUUCCGCCGCGGUCCCGCCGACUGCUGUGAAGGAGACACCCUUUGGGGGGAGCCCGGCGACCGCGAGCAGUCUCUCCUUCCUCCAGGCUCUGCUGUCUCCGCGUAUCGGCACUCGGACUCGGAGUCUCAGCGAGCUGGACGAGUCGAGGAGCAGGCGCAAGUGGAGGAGAAGCAAGACGUUUCCUCGUUGCCGCGCGCUGCGGCGUCGCCGGCCGUGCCGGGAGAUGAAGAAGAAAGGCUCUCUCUUCAGAGUUUCGCCUCCUCUUCUCGCGUUUCUGCAAGGCCUUCAUCAGGCCGCGGCCGGCAGGACGGUCGCGCGUCAGGCGGCAUUCUUCAGCAAGUCCUCCACGGCUUCCUGCAGGCGAAGCGCCCGCAUACAGAGCGAGCAGAGACCCGCGUAACUCCGACGGAGUCUCCGCAGCCGGCGUCUCGGGUGUCUCUCCUCGCCGUCUCGCGCGCCUGCUCUCUCUCAUCAACCUCCUUCUCUCCCUCUGGCCGCGGCUCCAGCGCCGAGUCGUCGCUGAACGCAGAGCAAAUGGGCAGCGAGGCAGAGGCAGAGGAAGGAAAGGGCAGAGGUCGGAGAGAAGGUCGAGACAGAGAGAGAAGAGACGACGAAGGGGGAGCAGCGAGAGGAGACGCGGGCGGAGGCGAAGAAGAACGGCAGAGAGUGGAAGAGGAACGUCGGUUCCGUGUGGAGACAAGUGGAGAAUGGAGAGAACGAGAAAAUGAAGAAACGAGAGAGAAUGAAAACGUCGAUGGAAACGAAGUGAUGAAACUGACAAAUCACUUUCUUCUACUCGACAUGGCUGCAGCCGCCGACACUCUCAAAACUCAUUUUCUGCCGGCUGAGAAAUUGGAGGCCUUCGAGUUUGGAGCAUCUCUGCUUUCUCUCAGCCGCUUCUACUUGGGCGACCUCUGUCUCUUGUUCUUCCUCGCCUACGCCGUCUGCGCCUUCGGCUCGGCCUCGCUUCCCCUCGCUUUGCUCCUUCUCCACUUUGUGAAAAUUCUGCUGCAGACUCUCCUUUUCAUCCUCAAGAGCGACGCGUCGCUUUGGGAGCUCUGGUGCUACGACCUCGAGUAGACACGAAAAGGCGAAGAAGAAGACAAACGAAGAAGGAGAAGAAGGGUGAAGAGAGAAUGAGAAACGAGCGACAGGGGAGAACGCAGACAACGUGGAGGGAGACAGGGAACAGAUCACAGAAGAAUGAAAGGCUAGAAAGAAAAACUGGAAAGGGUCGAAGGCGAACCGUUUGCCGAGUUGAGUCUGUUUGAUGGACCAAGUCCCCGGUCUGUGCUUCGCCGGAGAGGAGAGCACACUCCUUUUUUUGAGUUCUCCAUGCAUCUUUUCAAAGUGUAAAAGACUCAGAAUCUCUUUAAAACUUGCCCGUUUUCCUCGCUGGCGACGCGACGCUGCUUGAGGGGCUCCUGGCCAUCUCAGAUGCACCGCCACCUGAGGCGGAGGAAGGUGCAGAACAGCA